CAGACUGCUGCUGUGGACUCUAGCAGCCAAACAGCUCCCAGGCAAAGAAGACAUAGAUCAUCCAUCCAUCCAUCCAUCCAUCUAUUGAUACGACCAACAGGAACUCCCAGGGAAUCAUGCAUCUGUCCUGUUUCCUCCUCCUCAUCCUAAACCUGCAGCUGUUCAGCACAUAUCCCAUCAGCACAGGCUUGACUGACACUGACAUAGACAUCUUAAAGGUGCUCCUUCAAAGAUUAGAGGAGUCAGUUCCUAAUGUGGACCAGAGAGUCCCUGCAAGGAGGGACAGUCUGGACAGCCUGAACAUAGAAGAGGCAGCAGAUGGACAGCAGCCCCAAACAGGACUGGAUGAGGAAGCAAUCAGGGAGUUUUUCUUAGCAAAGAACCUGAAGAGCGUCGGCAACAACUCGCCCAGGAAAACCUCAGGCUGCUUCGGUCGACGGAUGGACAGAAUAGGCUCCAUGAGCUCCCUGGGGUGCAACACUGUCGGCAAUCCAAAGUGAAGAUGAAGUCUUAACAUCGGAAUUCUGGAACUGCAACGUCUCUACAAAAUAUAUUUUUAUUUGAAUGCUAUUUAUUUACUAAUAUUUAUUGAAUAUUGAUGGUGGCUUACACAUAUAUUUAUAGGACUGUUCUUUAUGUACUGUUGAAUGUUUUAAUAAAUGUUUACGACUACA